AUGAAGAUCUAUAAAUCAUUUGCAUUUGAUCAAAAUAUUCCACAGUCAGAUUAUGAAAAAUAUAUUAAUCCUGACGAUUUAUUGAAUGAGAGUUUUGAAGAAUUGAAAGGAGAAUUCAAAAAUUACAGAUCUAAGAAAGGAAGAGAUAUAAUAAAACAAGAGAUGGAAAUGAGAAAAUAACUGUAAUUGAAAAGUAUACUCAUAACUUUAAAAGUAGGAAAAAAAAAUUAAUCUGGGUUGGUUGCUUAACAAAAGAAGCAUGAGGAGCAAGAUAAUUAAAAAGACAUGUUAGGAAAUAUUGGAUUGUUGAUUCGAUAAUAAGAGAGGAAAUGCAAAUAAAUAAAAAAAGAAGUGCAGUCGCGUACAUAAUUGAAUAUAGACAUGCAGCAAACUUUGGUUAGGAUUAUACCAUGAUGAAACAGAAAAUCCAGUAAUUUAUUUAUGGGGACAAUUUAGGAAGACUGAUGUUACAAAAUAACCAAUAUUCAGUUAAGAAGACUUUGCUAAGUUGAUUUAAAGAGAGGACGAAGAUGAAUUGAAAUAAACUUAAACAAGAAUUAUGCAUAAACCUAGAGAGUUAAAUAUAUUUUUAAAUAUUAGGGGUUUUAAAUCUCGAUUCAUAGAAAAACAAGUACCAAUGUAUAAAAAUAUGGAGUAGUCUUCAGAAAUAGAUUCAAAAAAGUAAAUGGAUAGUAAAAUAUUAACGAAAUCAAAUAAAACUCUUAAACAGUAUUAUAAAUAUUUAAAAUAUAGAUUUGGUUUAUAAUAAUCUCGAGAAUCACCUUCUAAUGCAAUGUUUGAUGGUGAGGCUAAACGUAUAUCGAAAUCAUAUCUCUAUAAGACUUGGUUGAAAGGAGAAGAAGCAUAAAAUAAGAAAUUAAAAAAACCAAGGAGAACUGAAUCUUAUCAUAAAGCAGCUGCUUAAAGAGAAGAAAUAAAAAGCUAAUUGAAGGAAAGAGCAUAAGUGGCAUUCAAGAGGUAUGAAAGUAUGGGAAAGAGUAUAAAAUAUAUAUUAAAAUUUUAAGCAUGGGAGAAAUUUGGGGUAUUUUCAUAGGAUAUUUUGGAUUUUAGAAUGUAAACAUUAAAAGAGGCAAAGAUUUAAAGAUUGUAUUUAUUUAAAAAUAACAAAGAUUACUUGAAUAACAAGAACAUGAUCUUAAAAAGGUCGAAUAAAAUGAGUAAUAAAUUGAAUUAUUUUAAAAGGUAAAGAGAUACUGACAUGCUUACUAGAUUAGUGAAAGUGAUUACUAAACCUAAUUCAGAUAAUAAAGAAGAAGUUAAAACAAACUUUGAGUACCAUGAAUAAAGGUUAAAAGAUAUGAGAACGAAGACUAGAUAAAUUUAGAGAGCUGGAUUUUGAAUAAUAAUAUUUAUAAAU